UCCAAACAAAAUGAGUUUUGUUCGAUCAUCACUUUACAAGCUUUAUAAUCAGUAUGUGGAAGCUUUCAAGGCCAAGAGUGACAUAGAUACUCAAAAUCAACUUUCUGCUCCUACAACUUCUUCUUCAUCCAGUGCUAGUGUUGGUAGAUCAAGAGGAAGGGCUGAAUUUGAUAAUUUCAUUACAAAUGUGGGUUCUUUUCAAUUGAUAAAGUCAGAAUUAGAUGUGUACUUGGAAGAAGGUGUUCACAUACACAAUGAGAGCAUCAAUCCUCCAUUUGAUGUCUUGGAGUGGUGGAAAGCUAAUUAUUUGAAGUUUCGGGUUUUGUCAAAGAUGGCUUGUGAUGUUCUAUCCAUACCAAUAACCACAGUACCUUCUGAGUCGGCUUUUAGUACGGCCAAAAGAGUUAUUGAGUCGCAUCGUGCUUCAUUAGCACCGGCUACAGUUGAAGCAUUGAUGUGUGGUGGAGAUUGGUUGAAAGCUUAUUAUGGGAUUCAAAGAAAAGAAAAGGAGAAGAAGGAAGUCCUUGAAUUUCUUUUAAAAUGAAGGCAUCUUUGACAAGAAGACAAUUAGUAAUCAAUAUCGGUAAUUAUGCUUUUGUCAAGAUGCUUAGACUUGUGAGUUUGUUUGGGGUAUGAUGAGUUUGCUUACAAGGAAGGCUCAAGUGUUCUUAUGCUUUGUUAUUUAAGUGAUUAUGGACAAAAUGCUUGUUAUUUUA